AUGGCCAGAUCCUUCUACGAAGACGACGAGGUGGUCAUUACCAAACCCGGCUACAAUGCCGAGAUCUCCAAGGACUUGAAACAACAACAAGGUGCCCAUGGCGAUGUUUCACUUGUCAAAGGUAUGACUAUUCGGACGGUACCCUAUUUAGAGUCGCUGUUGAACAAAGCCAGAUUAUAUUUACAUGAUAAACUCUCGGUAAUUGAGGCCGAAAUCGACACCCAAAUCAGUGCCACCCGCAAUGAACUCAAUACCUUAAGCACCAAAGUCAGCACCCUGAUCAAAGACCCGGUGUUGCCCAAUAUAAUCUACAUUUUGACCCUCACUUUGACUGGAUCCAUUUUGGCCAGUAAGUCUUCAUUGCCCACCCGGUUUCUUGCACCUACAUUGUUUGGAACGGCAUCCUUUGCUUACUAUAUGCCCCAAACCUUCCAGGGAACCAAAGCAAAGCUAGUAUAUUUUGAGUCAGAAAAGUUUCCCGAAGUGUUUCAACAACAAUCCAAGAUCUUGAAGGAAUUGGACAACCAGAAGACACAAUUGGAGGCCACGUUGGCCAGUACUGAAACCAGUCUAACUACAGUGGUUCAUGAUGCUAGAGUAUAUAUUUAUGACUUGUUCAAGUAG